AGUGAGAGCUUUGAGCCUGUUUACACCCAGCCAAGCUUCUUCAUCGCAACAGCUGCUCUAGUGCACCAGCCACAUCUCUAAGGUAACAUGGCUUUCACGGGCAGAUAUGAAGUGGAAAGUGAAGACAACUAUGAUGCCUUUGUGAAGUGUAUUGGUAUUCCCAGUGAUAUCAUUGAAAAGGGAAGGAAUUUCAAGAUUGUCACAGAAGUGGCACAGAAUGGAAAUGACUUUGUCUGGACCCAGAUCUACCCAACAGGCCAGUCCAUGACCAACAAAUUCACCAUUGGCAAGGAAGCAGACAUGGAAACAAUGGGAGGUAAAAAGUUCAAGGCAACUGUUAAAAUGGAAGGUGGGAAAGUGGUUGCUGAUUUCCCUAACUACCAUCAUACUGCAGAGAUUGCUGGUGGAAAACUAGUAGAGAUCUCUACAGCUGGUGGUAUAACCUACAAGAGAGUCAGCAAAAAGCUGGCUUAAGAAGAACUCAUCUUCCAGUGCACUGAGAAAUGAAUAUCAAGACACUCAAUAAAUCAGUUUUAGAAACUCCAUCUCUUUCUGUGUCUCUGUUGCAAACAAAAUGAGGGAACAGUUGUUUCAAAAGGAGACAACUUCAAUUUUUCCAUGUUAAUAUUUUUACCCUUUGUGUAAGGGUUCUGGCGCACACCCAUAGUCAAAAAACACGAGAUU